UUUUCACGACAUUCUAAUUUAUUGAGAUGCACCUGUAUAUACAGUCAUGGCCAAAAAUAUCAGCACCCUUGGUAAAUAUGAUCAAAGAAGGCUGUGAAAAUUAAUCUGCAUUGUUAAUCCUUUCGAUCUUUCAUUUAAAAAAUUAACAAAAAUCUAACCUUUCAUUGGAUAAGAAUUUAAAAUGGGGGGAAAGUUCAUUAUGAAAUAAAUGUUUUCCUCAAAUACACGCUGGACACAAUUAUUGGCACCCCUAGAAAUUCUUAUGAGUAAAAUAUCUCUGAAGUAUAUUCCCAUUCAAAUUCACAAUUUUGAGCACUCCAGGGUGAUUAUGAACAUGAAAUUAUCCAGCCACGGCUUCCUGUUUCACAGAAAUAUAAAUAGGAGGGAAAACAAAUUCCCUUAAUCAUCCACCAAGAUCCUCUUCAUGCAGACUGGCAGUUGUGUGUAAAGCUGCGUUUCAGUUACUGCUAACCAAACCUCACAAAGAGAAACUUGCACAGUGGCUGUAGAAACACAUGAAGACUUGUUUUUAAAUAGUUUUAUUCACUUACGAAUGCUGCAGUCCAGAUAAAUGGAUUUCUGAUAGUUGAUGAAUGGCCAUCCUAUUUCAAUGAGACUGCAACAUCAGCAAGGAGGCGGUGGGUGAUGAUUUGGGUUGGAAUAUUGGGAAGUGAGAUGUAAGGUCAUUUAUGUGGAGUUCAUAACUGACCAUAUUCUGCUGUGGUACAAAAUGAAGAAUAGUGCUCUCGGAAAUAAAAGGAUUUUCAUGCAGGACAGCACACUAUGCCAUGCUGCAUAAAUACCAUGGUGCUAAACAGUUUGAAAAUGUCUUUCUACAGCCACCGUGCAGGUUUCUCUUUGUGAGGUUUGGUUAGCAGUGACUGAAACGCAGUCUGCAUGAAGAGGAUCUUGAGACUCCAGUAGCUUCAAACACCUGUUUGCUGCUCAGCAGUGGCUUUUUUACAGCUGGUAUUACAAUACAGUUCAUUUGUUUGACAAAAACUUUCCUUCGGCUCACUCCGAGCAGAAUCGUAUUUUAACGUUUCUGUUCCUGCGUUCUUCUAUUAUUACCAUUCCGAAACCGGUUCGAGCAGAAAAAAUAACGGUUAAUAACGUUAUUUUUAGUUUUUUUGUCUUUGCCUAUAAUAAUAAAGUACAGUGUUUUCUUUACACAAAAAGAAAAAAAAAAAACAGGAAGAGAUGGUAUCUUAACCCGCUGUGCUUAGUCACAGCCAGCAUCAUCUUUUCUAGAUUUGCCUAAAUGUACGCUACUAAACAAAAGAAAAAAAUCUAUUAAUGCUUUAAAGACAUUAAAGUCUUUUUUUUUUUUUAAAGAUAUUUAAAAACGUUUGCUGCAUUGUUAAAAAAAAAAAAAAAAACAAAACACUACUUGUAUAAAAUUGCGUUUUGAGAAAAAAAAACAUAGUCGCGUCGCAUUUUACUAUUACAUUCAGAAAUUAUGUAGGCUUAAAUGGCAGUAAAUCAAAAUAUUUACAAACAUUAUAAACACAGUUAUUAGUAUACCAUCAUGCUUCACAUCGGCUAUAUCAGCACAGUGAGGUGGUGGUCACGCUGAACGCAACAGAUUGGACAACGGAGCACUGUAACUUUUUAUACAUUCCUUUAACUGUAUUUUAUUUUGAUAAUGAACUGGCUGCAAUGUCACAAACAUAUGUUGUGUCUUUGUGCGUGUGAGGCGCCAGCGUGAUAUGGCUAUACCAACGCUGGUUGGUUAUAAAGAUGCAAGAUAUCAUUCAAAACUGUAAAGCUUUCGCAAAACAAAUAAAAUCCGCCGUGUUCUUUGAAUAUGAACACCGUCGUCAUCUGCGCGCAAGUGAAUCUUUCGUCGUGACGCAAUCGGCCUUGGAAUGCGGUCUUCGGAGCGCGCAUUCUGAAUUGGGACAGCUUACAUCGUGACGCUGUGAUGCAAUCGCACCCUUACCUGUUCAUCCAGAUCCUCCUCAUAUUUUGUCAAGCCCAUCCUGAAACCCUGUGGAAAGAAAGGGAUAAGCCCCAUACCAAGUUUCGUAACGAUACGCUGAUCCAUUUGUAAAAUAUAGCAUUUUUUCCCCAAAAAAAUUCAAAAUGUCUGACAUGGGAAAAUUGGGCAUUUUUUAACAGCAUGCUGCAAUUGUGUGAUUUUUGGCCAAACCAUUCAGAAGUCACAAGCAAAAAGAGCCACUUUAUAUAUCUCCUGGUCACUAGGUGGCGCUGUACCAAAACUGUACAGGUAGCCUCAGGUCAUGUACUUUACGGUUCAAAAGUUAUUAGCAUAAACAUAAGUGCAAUUUUGGACUAGUGGUGGCGCUAGAGAGUUGGAGACUCCAAACUUGCUAUGGUUAAUAUUGAGACUGUCCUCUAUUCGCCUUAUUCACCUCGAACGUUCCACCGAGCCUGAGGGGUACACUUACCACUUCCGGGAGUUCUCACAACGCGAUUUCUCUCAGUGCAAUGGCGCCUCACUGCUGUGUUCCCCAAUGCACUUCAUCACACAGGAAAAAAUCUAACAGAGGACAAACGUUUCACCGUUUCCCCAAAGAUCAGGGACUACGUCGACGAUGGAUAAUAAACAUCAGAAGGGAUCCUGGUCGUAAUUUUAAGGUAAGAUUUAUGUCUGGUGCUGUGAGGCUGAGCCGUCUCCAUAACUAGCUUGUAUCGCUAGCUUGGCUAGGCUAGAACUAGCAAGUUUUAGUAGAUAGAUUAAGGCAGAGAGCCAGGUUGUUGAAAUAUACUGCACAGCCUAGUCCAAAGUUAGUAGUAUGUUAUUAAAAUCUACCACCACAGAUUCACUAGUAUAAGCAUAUUCUGAGUGACCUUGUUUGUAUUAGCUUCUAGUCACAAGCUAACCUAGGGAACACAUCACAUCAGUUUUCCUAGCUAGGAGGAGGAUGUACAGGAGUCAGAUUGAGUCUGAUCAAUACAAUUAUACAUGUAAAAAUGUUUAUAUGAUUACAUUUUAUUUGCUGAUGCAGAUAAACACAUACACAAAAGUGUGCUCGGAGCAUUUCCUCCCAGACUGCCUUGUGAAAAGCAAGACUGGUAUCACCAAGUUGAAACAGGGAGCUGUGCCAACUGUGUUUGCAUGGAGUUCUGUCAGACCAGAGAGGAGUGUUGUUAGAACUGCAAGUAAUGUUUCCACGGAUCUCGAUGAUCGACAUGGUGUGAAUGUGUUGAGGUACGUAAAAGAUGUAAUUGGUUACAUGAAUUUGAGCAUGAGUAUCAUUGUAAAACACCUAAUGUGUCCAUCAAUAUGUUUCUCUUAUUCCAGUGAAGAGACACCCCCUCCGCACCCAGACCAUGAAUAUGCUGCACUGCCUCCCUCACUUCAAGAUCAAUUUGAGGAAGCCCGCAAGACCAUCGGUGAUCAAGAACUUUUAAUUUUAGAGCUUCAACAAAAACAGUUUUUGAUUUCAAAUUUUCAAGGUGACGAUAAACAGAUUUCAUUUUAUACAGGGUUCCCAGAUUAUGAUACAUUUAAAGCUGUGUUUAUGGCCCUGCAACCUACUGCAGAAAAUAUGGUGGGAUGGAGUCAGGCUCAGCGACUUAAACAUACAAGUGGGGAGGUACUUCGUCAAGGCUUUAGCGCCUCUAAAUUGUCCACUAUGGACCAGUUUUUUCUUUUUCUUUGUAGGUUGAGGCAGGGAUUUCCUGAGCAGGAUCUUGCAACCCGUUUCCAUGUAUCACAGUCAACAGUAAGCAGGAUCUGUGUGACCUGGGUCAAUUUUUUGUAUUUUAUGUUGGGAUCACUUCCAAUGUGGCCUUCAAGGAAAACUGUGGAUGAACUUAUGCCAGAUUGUUUUAAAUGCACGUUCCCGGCUACUAGAGUUAUAUUGGAUUGCACAGAAAUUCAUGUACAGAAACCUAGCUCCAAGGUCCUUAACUCAGCGAUUUAUUCACACUACAAAGGUAACACCACAUUUAAGGGCUUAAUAGGCAUUGCCCCCUCAGGUGAAGUGACUUUUGUCAGUGAUUUAUAUACAGGUUCAAUAUCUGACAAAGACAUUACCAAAAAAUCAGGUAUCCUUUCUGUUCUCGAAGAAGGAGAUAUGGUAAUGGCCGAUAAAGGCUUUCUCAUCAAGGACCUUCUCUCUGAAAGACAGGUCUCCCUUGUAAUCCCUCCUUUUUUAGGCCCAAGUGGACACUUCACUGCAGACGAAGUACGAAAGACUCAAGCGAUAGCAAGACUGCGAAUUCAUGUAGAGCGCGCUAUUAGGCGGAUUAAAGAGUACCAUAUUUUUGAUAAAGUCUUACCCAUGACACUGGUGGGCUCUGUUAACCAACUGUGGGCCGUCUGUGCCCUUUUAACUAAUUUUCAAGGUCCUCUCUUUUAAAAUUCUAAUGUUAAUGUAAAUAUCUACCAAUGUUAUGUAAAUCUCUACAACUGAAAUCUUAAUAUCCACAAAUGUAUUCAAACCUUGAAUAGAAAGUGUUCAUCUUUACGAAUCUGUACAAAGCCUUAACCAUUAUUGUUCUUCUUUAUGAAUCUAUACAAAAUCUUAACCAUCAUUACUGUUCUUCUUUAUGAAUCUAUACAAAAUCUUAACCAUCAUUACUGUUCUUCUUUAUGAAUCUAUACAAAGCCUUAACCAUCAUUACUGUUCUUCUUUAUGAAUCUAUACAAAGCCUUAACCAUCAUUAUUGUUCUUCUUUAUGAAUCUAUACAAAAUCUUAACCAUCAUUAUUGUUCUUCUUUAUGAAUCUAUACAAAAUCUUAACCAUCAUUACUGUUCUUCUUUAUGAAUCUAUACAAAAUCUUAACCAUCAUUAUUGUUCUUCUUUAUGAAUCUAUACAAAAUCUUAACCAUCAUUACUGUUCUUCUUUAUGAAUCUA